UACGCUACGAGUAAGUCGCGUGGAACAUUCACGAUCAUUGUAAAAUGGUUUUAGUUGCCUUUUGUGCUAUGACCUUAAUAUUAUGUGCUGUAAGUUUAUUUUUGCUGACAAAAUCAAAAUAUUCUAUAUUCAGAAGCAGGCAGAUGUUUUCAACGCUGACACCCCACCCUCACACGUGGGAGAAGUCACAGGCGGGAACUAGCAGAGAUUUUUUUGAACAUGAAUGCACGCAUAUCUUUGGUUUGGAUCGAGACUUUAGCAAAUUGAAUUCAGAUAAAGAUGUCGCUAACUACGUAGCUGAAAUCCUUAACCGACUGAAGACAUUCAAAGUGGCCGUCCACCCUCGGAUACGGCUCUUCUAUCAGUUACUGAAGCGAGGCAUGUCGGACUACGCGCACCGGACCUCCGAUUCCUUGUACAAUCCCAGUGUGUAUAAGCAGCCAAGCGACAAUGUCUUAUAGAAAAGUAUUAUUACAAAGACUUUGUGAACUGA